CACCAGAUUGCGAGUCGAACUUCAGUUGUAAAAUGGCAGCCGAUAAUGUGGUGGUUGAGGAAAAUUGUGAUGAUAAUAUUGGUUUGGGCUGUGCCCUAGAAAUGUUUUCAGAACAUGAAGAAGUGAUAACUAUGAUAGAAAAUCUAAGGACAGUAUAUUCAUCAGAAAGGUCUGCAGAAUGGGCUUACCAACGUUUCAGCUGCAUUCUGAAUCGAUAUCAAGAACAACCCCACUUGUUGGAUCCACAUCUCGACAGUAUUUUAAAUAAAUUAAUUAGUAUUGUGCGGAAUGGAGAGUCGUCAAUAGAAUUAAAACACGCUACUUUCAAAUAUCUGUAUAUUAUAAUGAAAGUCAGGGGUUACAAAACAGCAAUGACGCAUCUGCCACACGAGGUAUCAGAUAUUGAACCUGUUCUUCAGCUACUUGAAAAUCAGGAACCUUCCGAUGUGAAAACGUGGGAAACGCGGUGUGUUUUGUUGGUAUGGCUGUCCAUCAUCGUGAUGAUGCCAGUCCACAUGUCUCGAUUAGACAGUUUCAAACCUGAGGACAGGAGAAGAGAUGAGGGUCGAAAAACUGUCAUGGAAAGGAUUCUUAUUGCAUGCAAGACGUAUGCAUUUAGUAAUGAUCAGUUUGGUGUGGCUGCAUUUUUGUCUUCACACUUCCUGACUCGAUCUGAUGUGAAGGAAACUCACCUACCUGUGUUCCUUGACUGGGCAUGUAAUAAGAUUGUGUCCUCUGACAGUACACUAUUUGCACAGUGUGGGUCUCUGGCAGCAGUCGCAUCGAUUUUGAAGCAUGGGAAGAGGGAGGAUUUGCUUUCUCAUGCUCACUCACUGUUGAAAUGUAUUCUAGCAAGCAAGUACCGGGAUAACCCCAGUAUCUUGAUCAGGAAAUUUGGUGUUAAAGUCAUACAAAGAAUAGGUCUAACAUUCCUAAAGGUGCGUGUGGCGGCAUGGCGUUACGAGCGUGGUAGCAGGUCACUUGCUGCAAAUCUCACUGCAGUGCAUCCUCUGCCAGUGAACCCAGUACCCCAGAAAGAAGAAGAAAUGAAUGAGGACUUUGAAAUACCUGAUGAUGUUGAAGAGGUGAUAGAAGAACUGCUGCAGGGACUCAGAGAUUCUAAUACUGUAGUUAGGUGGUCAUCUGCAAAAGGCAUUGGGAGAGUAACAGGACGGCUUCCUAAGGAAUUGGCAGAUGAAAUUGUGGGUUCAGUUCUUGAACUGUUCAGUCCACGAGAAUCCAAUGGGGCAUGGCAUGGCGGAUGCUUGGCUCUGGCAGAGUUGGGUCGCAGGGGACUUCUUCUGCCGCAGCGGCUGGGAGAAGUGGUACCACUCAUACUUAAAGCUCUGAUGUAUGAUGAACAAAAGGGCUAUGGCGCAGUGGGGGCCCACAUUCGUGAUGGUGCAUGCUAUGUCUGUUGGGCAUUUGCUAGAGCAUAUGACCCAGCUAUUCUGCAGCCUUUUGUGAAAGAUAUUGCAGGAGCUUUGUUAGUGGUGACAGCGUUCGACAGAGAUCUCAAAUGUCGAAGAGCAGCUUCAGCUGCAUUCCAGGAGAAUGUUGGAAGACAGGGGACAUUUCCUCAUGGUAUUGAGAUUGUAACUGCUGCAGACUACGUCUCUGUGGGCGUCAGGACUAAUGCUUUUCUCAAUGUCAGUGUGUAUAUUGCUCAGUUCGAAGAAUACACAUUGCUCCUUAUCAAUCACUUAAUAGACAGGAAGGUUGGACACUGGGACAUAGUCAUCAGGGAGCUUACUGCAAAGGCACUUCACAACCUGACACCAAAGGCUUCAACAUACAUGGCUGAGACUGUUCUUCCUGUCCUCUUGGAUAAAACAUCUACAGUUGAUCUGAACACUUGCCAUGGUUCUGUUCUGGCCAUCGCUGAAAUUCUUCAUGCCUUAGCUAUUGUGGCUGAACAGUCUGAUUGCACUGUACAGGAUGUCAUUGGUGUGAAAAUUAUGGAGCAGGUUCGGGAUCUGGUCCCUACAUUUAGGCAACGCCAGCAGUUCCGUGGCCUUGGAGGUGAACUCAUGAAACAGGCCUGCUCACUUCUCAUAGAAAAGUGUUCCCUGGCAGUCAUGCCUUUCCAUAACCAUCCAAUUAUCAGUGAUUGGCAGUCACUACUGGAUGAGUGCUUGUCUCAUGAGGUUAGCAACAUUCGCUCCAAAGCCGCAUCAGCGUUGUCCCCUUUUUUCACCCAGUAUUAUCAACAAGAACAUUCUCAUGGAGUAAAUACUGCCAGGCAUGAUGCAGUGAUUGCCACCUAUACAGAACAGUUGGCAGCAAAUAGUCAGACCAUUCGAAUGGGCUUCUCCUUAGCAUUGGGUUCAUGUCCUAAAUUCAUGUUUGAUGAUCAUCUUCACAUGGUGAUUCCUGCCUUGAUUCAAUGCUCAAAGAUUACUGAGUCUACUGUGAGGUGGUCAGAAACUCGCAGAGAUGCCCUGAAGGCCCUCAUUUCAAUCUGCUCUACUGUUUCUGGUGAAAAUGACCUGGGGUCAGAGCUCACAAAACACUUAGACGAUAUAUAUGGAUGUUUAUUGGAGGGUCUGGCAGAAUAUACUAUGGACGGUCGUGGUGACAUUGGAUCAUGGGUGAGAGAGGCAGCCAUAACAGGACUUCAGGUACUGACAUGCCUUGUUGUAAAAUCAGACCCGUCACUACUGACGUCAGAACUGGUGACAAGGAUAAUGGUGUCUGUGGCACAGCAGGCUGUGGAGAAGAUUGAUCGAAUCCGGGCUCAUGCUGGCAAAGUGUUCACGAGUCUCCUACACAGUGCUCCUGCAAUUCCAAACAUUCCACACCAUGCAGAGCUUGUACAAAUCUUCCCAGCAGCAGCCUGUGAGAAGGAGAUAAAUUGGAUUGCAGCAUCUAACACGUUCCCACGUUUCACACAGCUGCUGGCAUUCAGACCUUUCACAUACAAUGUACUGCUUGGCCUGGUGAGCAGUGUGGGAGGCCUAUCUGAGAGCCUGACGAAAGACUCAAGUGCAUCUCUGUUCUCAUAUUUGAAAGCUCAUCACGGUGACAAUGUGGAGCUGGAACGUCUUUGUGAAACCAUCGUUGAAAUUUUCCAGCACUCUCACUUUGUCGACAGGAUUACCGUUCCAUUAUUAGAAUUUCUCGAUCGUCUGUUCAGCUCGGGAUGUGUACGUUCUGUCUUGGAAAACUCUCAGUCAACAUUUGCGUCGGAUGUAUUACAUCAUGUGAAGCUUGAGAUUGGCAGGACUCGUAACGUCUCCAAACUGACGGGAAGUGUAAAUAUCCUGUGUCAUUUAGUUCAGGUGAAUGGAGAGGUUUCGAGAAGAUCUCUGGUGCAGCUCUGUAUCUUCUUAUGCAACCGUGUGAUGUUUGUUCGAAGGACAACAGCCAGCCGACUUUAUGAGGCACUCUUGCUUUAUGGAGAGUACAGUGUCAUUCCCGCAGAAAAGCUGGAUGAAGUCAUGACCAUUCUCAACGAUACCAACUGGCAGGAAGAUGUAGACAUUGUGAAACCCACACGCAAUAAAAUUUGCAAUCUGAUGGGCGUCCCAGUACCUGGGACUGUGGCAAGGGCAACAGCAAACGUAAUCCCUAAGUAGAAGGUGUUGCCUUUCCUGUUCUCAGAAUGUUACACUGAUGGACGUUGUUAUCAGAAUAUCUGAAUAUUCUGGUUAUGAACGAUUUUGACAUUUAUUCGACUUUGAAGAGGCCAGGUUUUGGUGCUUAUGUUAGAAUACAAAAUUUCUGUCCAUUGUUCUUAGUAAUUAAGAAGAAUGAAGAUCUGGUAUAUUUAUAUACUAAACGUCUUGAAUUUUGGCAAUUCAGAUUGUGAAAUAUUCUCAGAAUCUAUAAUUGCAUGAAAUUAUAACAUGAACUCACAAUUAUGGGAACAAUUAUUAAUUAAUUUAACUAAUUAACUCUUAUUUAUUACUUCCUAUUUGAGAAUUUAAUUUUAUUUUCUGCUACUUUUGAUAUUGCACAAGUUGAAUAGAUCAUGUUUAUUUCACAUUUCUGUAACUAGAAGAACGAGGAUAAUGGUCAGUAACACCCAGCAUCCCAGUGGGUGUCAAAAUGUUGGAUCUUGUCUGAGUUAUUUUUUUCACAGGAAUAUGUUCAUCCGAUUGUUGAUUUGUCUUUGGUGCACAUGUUUCUUGUAUGCAAGUAGAAUGUGGGAAUAGGUCAGGGGUCUGUUUUGCCAGAUGUUUCAGUUUCGUGUAUAUGUAUAUUGUGCCAUAACACCUGAGAAGUGAAGUAUUGGAGCCAGGGAGAUGGCUGUUGCAAGGGAUCAGCUCAGUAAACAUACGUUGUGGCGGUGUCAUGUGACAGUAUAAGAGCUGCAGGAGUCAGUGUUGCCACAUGACCCAACCCCAGCAGACAUUUCUGCAACAGUGGGACGUGAGACCACGACACCCACAUCAACAGAGGAACAGUGUUUUCUGUUUGGUCCGUAUGGAGGCUAUAUCUGGGGUAUUGAAACACAAGCCAUUCAGCCUGAGUCCGCAGGCAGACAGACCACUCCGAGCCUGAGGCUACUGUGAGACAGUUGCCCCUGGUAGAGGUGUGAGGCGCAGGCACCCCCAUUGUUGUAAGUUGUUGCAUAGUAGCAAUGCUGAGUUGUGAGGGAGGUAACAGGCAGUGGGGAUUAAAUCAGUUUAAAAAUUUAGAGCUUCUUCAGCGCACAAGAAUACACGAUCACAUCAGCUGAAAUCAGUGUCAUGCCGGUGCCAAUUUAAAGGCUUAAACCUAAGUAUUUUUAUACCACACACUCUGAUGCAUACAGGAAUCAUCCUUAAAUUGUUGCCCUGUCUGCACAAAUCUCAGGCAGCAGAUCACCAUGAUGCCUAAAAAUUUUAUUAUGGUGCAUAGAAUUUUCUUCCUAUUGUGUUUUUUUAUUUCUUUUUAUUGCUAGUGGGGUGGG